AUGGCUUCUAAGGUCGAAGUGCCCCUUACCACAUGGGAACGUCUCCAGAAGUACCAGGACACCUUCUCUGCUGCUCUUCGUCAUCCUGAUGCUCCUGAAUGGUACAGCAAGGAACACAAUGAGAAGCUGAAGAAGGACCUUCUCUGGGGUGCUCCAUACGAUGCUCGCUUCCCACAGAUCCGUAAGCAGAGACAAUGCUUCGCCUACUAUGUUGAUUUCCAUCGUUGUAACGAGCUUAUGGGACAAGACUAUAAGCCAUGCAAGUUUUUCCAGAACGUUUACAAGGACUUCUGCCCCAACUUCUGGAUCGAGAAAUGGGAUGAGCUCCUCGCUGAAGGACGUUUCCCAGCCAAGUUCGACCGCUAA